AUGUCUACGUUAAUACCUACAGCAAGCGCCUGUUACAGUCUACAAUUACCCCCCACCGAAAAGGAUGAUCGAUUGAAUUUGAAUGUUAGAACAGGCUCAGCAUCUACAUUAUACAACUCAUUAAUCUUUGUCCAUGGAGGAUUAACAAUAGGUUUAGAACUACUCAACUACACCAUCCCUGAACUAAAUGAGAUUUUUUACAAUCGAAUUAAUAUAUCAGCAUCAAAAUAUAAAACUGUCGAAAAAUACUUGUCCGGGGAGCUCUUUUACUUAAGUUUAAUAGAAAGAAACUGGUCUCGUGUCGUCCUUGAAGAAUUAGAAAUACGACCAAAACCUAGAUUAUUGCAUCAGAUUUGUGCAUUCAACAAUUGUCUAUAUCUAUUUGGUGGAUUGGCUCUACUGCAAGAAAAUGACGAAGACCCAACAUUAGUUCCAUGCAAUGACUUAUGGGAAUUUGAUUUGGUACUUAAGAAAUGGACAUUACUAGAUGAUGGAUCAAAUUAUGAACUAGACGAUGCUGUGCCAUCUCCACGUUUUAACCAUAAAUUGACUGUUAUUUCCAGCUUAUCCUUUGCAAACAGAAAAGACCAUUUUGGAUUAUUUAUUGCCGGAGGUAAAGAUAAACAAUCCAAUGAAAUUUACGACAAUUCUAUUUUUGACUUGGUGGAGAAAAGAUAUGUGGGAUCACAACCUUUCCGUUUAGUAGCCACUACUGGAGACGACACAAAGGACAAAGAAACUGGAUUGAACGAAUUUGUUUCAAACCCAGAACAUUUCUUGAAUGUCGAUCAAACAAGAAAUGCUAUCUUGAGCAUCACCGAUGAUGCCGACACACCAAACCGAAAACAGAACAAAAAUCCUAGCAACCAUCAUGAGAGUAUUGUAGUGUAUGGCCCAACUCGACAAACCGGAGAUUGUCAAAACUCCUUGGUUUCAUUUAAAGUAGGGAAAAGGGAAAUAAAAGGUGGUAAAGUAUUACGUCUUCACAAAAAUUCACGGGUCGCAAAAUUAAAACAACUGAUCAUCCCUUAUAAUCUAAGAUAUCCAACUGCAGGUUUGUUUGGUCAAAAUGUUGUGCUAACUGGGUUUCUACCUGAUGAAUACGAGAUCUCAAUUUUUGUUUACAAUAGACCUACAGGCAAAUGGUCGCGAUUAAACAUUUUCUGUAGCCAUGAAUACGGCAGUCAUAGAUUUUGGGGCGGAUUUGCAUGGCAAUCUCAUCAUAAGGUUAUUUUAAUUGGUAACAGUAUGACUUCUAGAACAACUAGUAGUGUCCGGUUUUUCAGUAUUAUGUUGACUGUUAGCUUGCCCAUCACCAAUAUUCUAGUCAGUUCUGAAUUGUCAAAAGGUCGGUCAAAUAAUAGGACUAGUUCAUUUGUUUCUCAUGGCGAACAAAGACACCACCGAAAUAAGAGUCAGAAUGACAGCUUGUUGAAAGCCGAACUUUCACUUGAAAGUACAACAGAGGAUCUGACAGACAGUAGCAGCGACAAAACGGCCGAAAGUGUGUUAGACGCUCCUGUUCCAUUGGCCAAUCUGAGAAGACAAUCAUUCUCGUCGCUUGGGAGCGACAAAUCACCGACUGCUGUGAGUUUUAGUGAUUACGUUCAUUAUGCAGCCCCAAAAACCACAUACACAACAAUAAGAUCAGUAUUCCCACCAGAAGCAAUAACUUUAGGUAGGAAUGCAUUCAACAGGAUUGGUGAUUUAAUUGCUGAUAUUGAGUUGGUCUCGUGUAACGGUGACAGAAUUCCAGUGUCGUCAGCAGUGUUGAUGGAGAGAUGGGGACAGCAUUUUAUUCUGUUAUUGGCCAAGGGAUAUAUCAAUGCUGUAGAUAAGUUUGAAACAGAUCAAGCACUUGGGUUAGACGAGAAUCAAAGAUUGAGAUCAAAAUCCUCCAACUCCGAAUCCAGCUCAAGUGAUAUCCCCAAAUUAAAAUUAUCCCUAAGUGAAUCCUUACUUUCUUCAUCGUCGGGUGAACAUGACAAAAAGGAAAAAAUGGGAUUAAGCUCGGCACAUAAACCUCAGAAGGAUGUUCCACAGUUCAGAUUACCAUUUCAAGAUUCAAGCGAAUCGGUUAAUCGUGAGGAAGGGUCUGAUUGCAGCAAGGACAGGAAAACGGGUGGUUCAUCCGUUUCAACGGCAAUAGAUCCCCAUCAUGUAAUGCCCAGGAAAAACUCUACAAGCUCCUUUCAAUCUAAUUCAAGCUCUUUAUUAACUUCCCAUUUGCAAGAUAUACCGCCCCAAUUACCUUUGCCAGACGAACAAAUACCUGCGGUUCCAGCAGCUCCAGUAUCAUAUAGGAGCGCAUCUCGGAAAAACUCACAAGACCAUAGCUCCCCAAGAUCAUCGUUGAUACACACAUUAACAGUUUUAAGAAAUAUUCCCGUGUCAAAAUCCCCACGCGAGUCACCGUUUUCUUCUCCCCGACCUUCCAUGUCUGGCCCAAGUGGAGGCUCAGCUGAUUUAUUUAGCUCACCAUUUCCGAGUUUGAAGGCAAACUAUGGCAAACCACCCUCCAAUUUGAGGAAAAAGUCUUAUGAUAUGAAUGACGGAACCAUUGAAAGCUCACUCGAUUCAUUUUCAUCAGGAAAAUCGUCAAUGGCAAAAGUGAGCAGUGUACCUGGCGAGAAUCCAGAUUCUGACGAGAGCUCUAUUGGUUUCCAAGAGUUCAAUAAAAAUCCAAUAAGUAUGUUUGACAAUGCACUUUUGAAUUUUGAUAAUAUUGACAGUGAGAAUUUCAGAAUGGAACCUUCUUUAAUUCCAAGAAAACUUUAUAUUCCAUUCAUGACUUUGACAGUCAAAGCAUUCUGUGAAUAUUUAUAUACGGGACAAAUUGGGAACAAAUGGUUACUAGCACCUACAUUGAUGGACAAUUUAUUGAUAUCCAAAUUCUACCGUGUGCCAUUACUUUAUGAUUUGAUAAGUGAGAUUUUGUUUGGUGUUAUUGGGAAGAAAGAAGCCUAUAUUAUUGGUGAAGCACGUAAAUUGAAAGCACGGUAUUUUAAAUUACUACGUGGUGCAAAUAUCCCCAUUGAUUCUAAUUAUGAAUUCCCAAUGGACGAGUAUGAUGGGUUCUUGGAUACUGUCGAUGAUGGCUACCUUGAUAUUACAUUGUUGAAAAAAGCUUCGAAAAUUCAUGCAGAUAGUGUCGCAAUGUCUUUGAAAAAGAAAUCGGUUACAAGUAAUAAUCUGCGAAAUGCUUCGAUACGAAAAGAAGGUUCUACUACAGCAGAAAGUGUUUUGGAAGAAGGAGAAAAACAAGAAGAGAUAGUUAGUAAAGAUGAUGAGGACGAAUCUAGAACUGGCUCAACAAGUGAAGAAGACGAGGUUGACAAAGAGUAUGGAUUAGUUUAUUUGGAAGCAAAAGAUAAGUCGUUGCCCACUAUAGGGCCCAGAUCCAAAUCUAUUUUUGAUAGACAAGGUUUGGCGGCCAUUGAAAAGCUAGAAGAAGAACAAAAUGACCAUCAAGUCCAUCUGAUUGUUGAGGGAGAGGACCAUGAAAAUUUGAUUACGUUGGACGAGUUAGUUGCUUCAGAUGCCCCUUCAGAUUAUGCCAUCGAUUUAAUUUUUGAAACUGCAACAUUAGUAACUGAUAUGAAAAUGCUUCUAAGAACAUCUAACUUGAAAGCCAUGACAGCAAAGUUUCGUAAAUGUAAAGCUGACAUUGAAAAGGAAAUGGCGGAUAUUGAGUACCAAUUGACUCAAAUGCCAAGUGGCUCCCGUAAUUUGGCAAUGAAGUCAGCCAAUCAGUUAAAGGAACUGCAAUUGCAACUGAAGCUGUCACCAAUAAUACCUACAGUAUCAACAGUGACACCUUCACCUUUACCUUCAAUCUCAGGUGUACCUUCUCCAAGGCUACCGCAGCAACAGUUGCCAGAAGCACAAUUACCAAAACUAACAAAGAGUACAUCUUCACUCUCCCGUAUUGCAUCGCAUACAAGCUUUAAAGCGCUUAGAUCAAUGACAGACGUCACACCAAUGGAAAAACUGACUUCUGAUAAAAGUUUUAGAGGUAAAUUACAACAAACUAUGCUUUCUAGAACUCCCACAAAUAGAAAUGAAGACCAAGAUUCAAGCUCCGCAUCAUCUAUUAAAUCUAGUAGUAAAAAGCGUGGAAUAUUUGGAUUGUUAACAGGAUUAAAAAGAUAA